AUGGCUGCAGAAACAGAGAAACUCUCACAUCAAUUUAAACGCGUUUUUAUCAAUAACGUGGACAAAUACACCUCAAAAUAUAUCGCAGAGUUUUUAUCCUUGUGUGUUGCUCAAGCAUUCCACAAUGAGGAGGAUGAGGAGGAAAACAAAUCAUCCCAAGAAAACAUUUAUCAGAUUGUUGGAACCGUUUCGGAAAAAAACAAAGAGAAGUCCAGUUUUACAGUCGAAGAAUAUAGUAACUUAACACGUGAAGAGCUUUUUCAUCACCUGAUGGAGUCAGAUGUCAUCAUUUAUAACAUUUACAACGAGCAUGCUGAUCAGAUAGAGGAAGCGUCUUGGGCAGUCUCAGCUCUUCACAAAGAAACUGAUGCAUUUCCUGGACCAAAGAUGUUCAUCUUGAUCUCCUCGGUCAUGACGUGGGCUCUGACUAAGACACUCAAUCCAAAUGAGCCAGAGACUUCUUUAAAGGAAGAGGAAUACAGGAGACGGAAACCACAUCCCAGUUAUAAAGAUCAUAUUGCUGUGGAGAAGCUUGUGGUUAAACUGGGAAAAUCUAAUCAGACUAAGUUCUCUACUUAUGUUGUUGCAUCUGGGCUGCAAUAUGGAAUGGGCGAGCAAGUGUUUCAUUUCUUUUUCAAGAUGUCAUGGCAGGGAGAGGAACAGGAAGUGCCCAUCUUUGGAGAUGGCUCCAAUAUCAUUCCUGUUAUUCAUGUCAAAGAUCUUGCAGGGAUUGUGCAGAAUGUAAUCAAGCGUAAGCCGAAGCUGCAGUACUUUCUUGCAGUGGAUGAAUCACAGAAGACCAUUGCUGAGAUUAUUAAUGCAAUAGCAAAAAUGCUCGCGCCAGGAAAAACCAAAAACAUUCCAAAAGAGGAAGUACUUCCCACAGAGGAACUGACACAAACAGAAAUUGAUCAUUUAUUCAUCAACCUUCGAAUGGAGACCAAUGUUUUCACAGACGAUGUCAGUAUGAACUGGGUUUCAAAGUCAGGCAUUGUUAUGAACAUUGACCAAGUCGUGGAGGAAUACAGGCUCACCCGAGGCCUGCCACCUGUUUGCAUUUGUCUCUUGGGACCUCCUGCUGUCGGGAAAAGCACCAUAGCUGAAAAAAUAUGCAGGCAUUACAAACUGCAGCAUGUAAAACUCAAAGAGGUCAUCACUGAGACUCUCGCAAACCUGGAGUCACGUGCCCACAUGGACGAAAACAAUGAGGACGAUGAAUCAGAGGAAGCAAAUGAGCUCUUGGAGACACUGAAGAACAACAUGGAUGAAAAUGGAGGCUGGUUGGAUGAGCAGUACGUUAUCCAAAUUAUAAAGGACAAGCUGAAGACGAAACCAUGUAGAAAUCAAGGCUUUGUCCUGGAUGGCUUUCCGAAGACAUAUGAUCAAGCUAAAAAGCUAUUUCAUGUAGAGGAUGACAAAGCUAAACAGGCAUGGUUCAAGGUCAAAAUCAUCCCAGAGUUUGUGUUUUUUCUGGAUGCCACCGACCAGUUCCUGAAGGAACGUGUGCUGAACCUGCCUGAGCGCAUGGUGCAGGGUACAUCGUACUCCUUCGAUAGGUUUGUCCCACGACUGGACAACUUCAGAAAAAACAAUUCAGAGAAUGAAACUGUGCUAAGCUACUUUCAUGAGCUGGAGAUUCACCCUGUGCAUAUAGAGAUCAGUCCUGAUGACCCAGAGAAUGUUCUGGUGAUAGAGAAGAUGAUGGAGAUUGUGGGGAAGGUCAGGAACUACAGCCCCUCCGCAAAGCAUUUGGAGGAGGAACGGAUGCAGGCGGAGAUCAGGCUGAGGGAGGAAGAGGAGGCACGCCAGGCCGAAGCCAAGCGCAGGGAUGAAGAAGACGAGGAGCAGAGAGCACAGCGCUGGGAGGAAUGGAACCGACACCUACAAGAGAUGAAGCAGCAGGAAGAGGAACUGUUGAUGAGAGAAGAAGAAUCUGCUAAGGAGUAUCUGAGGCACACUGUGAUGCCCAUUCUGUCCCAAGGCCUCAUUGAGUUAUCCAGAACCCGACCAAAUGAUGCAGGAGACUUCCUGGACCACUUCGUCAAGAAACUUUAUUUCGUCAGCAUCUGUCCAUCUCAAGAGAUGAUGGUGCAGCACUAG